AUGGAAGAAGAGCACUCAGAAAGCACCUUGAGCCUGCCUAUUUCGAGGAUCAAGAAACUCAUCAAGCUGGACCCGGACCACGUCUCGUCGACCGAGUCGGCAAACUAUCUUCUGGGCGCGGCCGCAGAGCUGUUCAUCAUGAAUCUGACGGAACAGGCAUCGUUCCACGCAAAGACCCAGAAACGCAAAAAGAUCUCGUACUCGGACUUCUACGAGGUCGUGCACAACAACGACAACCUGCUGUUCAUGAAGGACCUGGUCCCAAAGACGGUGCCGCUGCAACAACUGGUGAACGAAAAUAAAGUCAUACUCAACAACAAAAAACCAAGCGAAGACGACACCAUCGACGAAGACUCGACACUGUCGACUCCACAGCCGGCCCAGCCGAAACAGCAGAUGCUGCCUUUUAUGAUGAAAAACAACUCGGACACCCAGGAAGAUGCCGUGAUGAUCGAAUAA